UUCUCUCUCUGGCCGACAAAAAAAAAAACAAAAACAAAAACACAACUAAUCAUAGGCUUCUCCAUCUCUUUGUCUGCAGGAUGAUGCAAUUUUUCAGACAAUUUUCUUCCAAAAUCCUUUCGUAACUCUGUUUUAUUUUUCAACGUUUUAGGUUUUACCAAUCCGUGGUAGUUAUAUCCAACAUUAAUUUUUCUCCCUCUUCUCAGAAAAAAAAAAUUCAACUGAUCUUUAGAGUUUUUAGGUUCUUCCAAGAAAUUGAAUUUGGAAGGAGGCUUUGAUGGGUUUGAAUUUUCCAUAAUCGCCCCUUGUUUACGAUUCAGAGAUUCUUGUUGUUUAAAAAUGCUAUGGCUCUUGAGGGGAUGUUGUCUUGAUUUUGGGAAAAUCUUGUUUGAAUGGUCACGGCUUUUCUGAACAUUCGCGUGUUCUUUAUUGUCUCGGCUCUGGUUCGAAAUGUCUCUAGGCCAAGAAAAUGUCGAACCUGUUGAAGUUUCAGGGUCGCAUGCUUGCUUAUAUGAACUUUUAUGUUCAGAGACACCCAAAUGGACUCCUCUUAAGGAUUUGCAAACAUCUUCUUCUGAUCCCAGAGAUCGGUUGGAGAAGUUGCUGAAGCAACCUGGGAAUAAAUAUUGUGCUGACUGUGGCUCUCCUGAACCAAAAUGGGUAUCGUUGAGUCUCGGUGUAUUUAUCUGCAUUAAGUGUUCUGGUGUACACAGAAGUCUUGGAGUUCAUAUAUCAAAGGUUCUAUCAGUAAAGCUAGACGAGUGGACAGAUGAUCAAGUUGACAUGCUUGUAGGGUACGGUGGAAACACGGCAGUGAACCAGAGAUUCGAGGCUUGCAACAUCGACCAGUCAAAGAAACCAAAACCAGAUUCUACUAAUGAGGAACGCAAUGAUUUCAUCAGAAAAAAAUAUGAGCAGCACCAGUUUAUGGAUCCAAAGGAUGGUGCUUUGUGCCCUUAUCAGCAGCCUAGCAGAACAAAUACUUCACCACCGUCUUUAUGUUCUGCAAGCCACCGUUCUACAAAAAACCGUAUUGGUCAUGCAUUUAGGAAUAGCUGGGGAAGAAGAGAAUCUGAUCACAAAGGACCAAAGAAGAGCAAUUCCAUGGCAGGUAUGGUUGAGUUUGUGGGAUUGAUUAAGGUUAACGUGGUAAAAGGAACCAACCUUGCGGUUCGAGACGUGAUGACCAGCGAUCCUUAUGUUAUCCUUGCUCUUGGACAGCAAUCGGUAAAAACACGGGUGAUAAAGAACAACUUGAAUCCGGUGUGGAAUGAGACGCUAAUGCUUUCGAUACCCGAGCCCAUGCCUCCUCUCAAAGUGCUAGUGUACGACAAGGAUACAUUCUCGACAGAUGAUUUCAUGGGAGAGGCAGAGAUAGACAUACAACCAUUGGUGAGUGCAGCGAAAGCAUAUGAGACAUCGAGCAUAAAGGAACCGAUGCAGCUGGGAAGUUGGGUGGCGAGCAAAGAGAACACAUUGGUGAGUGAUGGCAUAAUAUCACUUGAAGAAGGGAAAGUGAAACAAGACAUAUCACUUAGGCUUCAAAAUGUUGAAAGAGGUGUUCUUGAGAUCCAGCUUGAAUGUCUUCCUCUCACUCAAUGAUGAUACUUUCUUCUUCAUCCCUCUUCUUUCUUUUUCUUGAAAAGAUUUAUUUUUAAAUUUAUAGUGAAAAAGAGAUUCUGCUACUUUCUUUUUGUUCCACCGCAAACAAACCCUAUGUAUAAAAAAACACCAUGAUUUGAUUUGAUGAUUCUUCAGAACCAA